AUCAGACUCAAGACUCUUGAAGGGAGCCAAGCCAGCUAGCUGCGGACUUUUUGUUUUUUGUGUUGCUUUCUCGCCACAUCCUCCGAUGCGCACAUCUCCCCCACAUAUCCUCUGCUCUCAAACAAACAGCCCAUCGCUAGACAUCCCACACAAUCUUUGGCGCAACCUUUUUUUGUUUAUUCACGAUUAUUCACCCGCGCCUUUCAACCCAUCAUCGCCUGCUUGCCACCCGCACCCCGCACACGCACCCGCACUCUCCAACCUCACACCAUCGCUUCCCCACACUCGCCUGCAUCCGCCUGGCAACAAGACACACCAUGUCGAGCAGCAGGACCUCGCAGAGCCCAUCAUCCGUGGCAGAGUCCGCGGGCGCGGGCACGAACGCGGGCGCGGGCGCGGGCGGUGCUGUGGGACCACCACCUUACGCGCUGGGUAUCGUGGGUUGCGGUACGAUGGGAAUAGCCAUUCUCAGCGGUAUCCUAGCCUCCUCCAAAGCCUUCGCCGCAGCUGCCCUACUCCAAUCCCAAGCGCAGCAAUCUCAAGCAGCGCAAUCUCGAACAGACGUUGCCAACGAAGCGUUGUCGGAGAGCGUUGCUGAUUUGUUGGGAGAGGGAGGAGGAGAGGGAGGGGAGGAGGAGGAGCGUAGGAGGAUGGAGUUGAAGUACUUGCCUAGCACGUUUUAUGCUUGUGUGGCGCGACAGGAGAGCGGUCGACGGUUGAAGAGCCUGUUCGCAAAUGAGCGCGAGGGCGAGGAGGGGAGCGUGCAGGUGGUCGUGGGCGAUAACCUCUUGGCAGCGCGACGAAGCGAUGUGGUGUUGUUGGCUUGCAAGCCUCACAUGGUGGCGGAUAUCCUGCGAGAGCAGGGCAUGCAGGAUGCUUUGAAGGGCAAAUUGGUGAUUAGCAUUUGUGCGGGAUUGAGAAUACAACAGAUUGCAGCUUGCCUUCAUCCCAGCUCCACCGUGGUCAGGGCUAUGCCCAAUACGCCCAGCAAGAUCAGGGAAGGCAUGACAGUCCUCACUCCCUUACCACCCCUCUCCUCCUCCUCCUCCUCCUCCUCGUCGUCGCACGCGCAAUCUCGCUCGCGUCUCUUGAGCAUCUUCAACGCGAUAGGCAAGUGCAGAUUCUUGGACGAGAAGCACUUCGAUGCUGCGACGGCAUUGGCUGGUAGCGGACCUGCAUUCGCUUGCGUCUUUUUGGAAGCGAUGGCGGAUGGGGGAGUGAUGAUGGGUUUGCCUAGAAAGGAAGCCUUGGAGUUGGCUGCUCAGUCUAUGCAAGGUGCGGCUAGGAUGGUCCUGCAAUCCGGCGCUCAUCCUGCUUCCAUCAAAGAUAGCGUGACCACUCCUGGAGGCUGCACGAUUGCAGGAUUGUUGAAUUUGGAAGAUGGAAAAGUGAGGAGCACGGUUGCGAGGACGAUUCAAGCGGCCGCUGAACACGCCGCCGGUCUAGGUCAAGUCAAAAAGUAGGCGCGGAGGCAUGAUCAGCCGAGAAGGCCCAGGGGGGGAGCGGAAAGAGGGAAAGCGGGGGAAAAGACGUUGGUCGGGCCUGCGGGGGUCAUUCUCAUCGAAACGUGUCCGUCGAAUUCUCGAGUUCAGACAGAGGAGCAGGACGGAGCGGGCGAGCGAGCGAGGCCUGGAGUGGAGAAACUGGACGCGAAGGGAAUGGGGGAACCCAUGCGAUGGAAAUUUUUUGGAAAUUUGGAAGGGGGGGAUGCGACAAUGAUGAUCAUUUUGCUUU